GCUCAUCAACUCAUCCUUGACCGCUGGCUACGUCCCUUCCGUCUUCAAGAGAGCGAGAGUUGCACCCCUUCUGAAAAAACCUACACUCGAUCCCUCCGAUGUCAACAACUACAGACCAGUAUCCCUUCUUUCUUUUCUCUCCAAAACUCUUGAACGUGCCGUCCUUGGCCAGCUCUCCUGCUAUCUCUCUCAGAAUGACCUUCUUGAUCCAAAUCAGUCAGGUUUCAAGACUAGUCACUCAACUGAGACUGCUCUUCUCUGUAUCACGGAGGCGCUCCGCACUGCUAAAGCUAACUCUCUCUCCUCUGCUCUCAUCCUUCUAGACCUAUCGGCUGCCUUCGAUACUGUGAACCAUCAGAUCCUCCUCUCCACCCUCUCCGAGUUGGGCAUCUCCGGCGCGGCCCACGCUUGGAUUGCGUCCUACCUGACAGGUUGCUCCUACCAGGUGGCGAAUCGCAUCUCUGCAUGUCUGGCAGACAUAUCAGUGUGGAUGACGGAUCACCACCUCAAGCUGAACCUCGGCAAGACGGAGCUGCUCUUCCUCCCGGGGAAGGACUGCCCGUUCCAUGAUCUCGCCAUCACGGUUGACAACUCCAUUGUGUCCUCCUCCCAGAGCGCUAAGAACCUUGGCGUGAUCCUGGACAACACCCUGUCGUUCUCAACUAACAUCAAGGCGGUGGCCCGUUCCUGUAGGUUCAUGCUCUACAACAUCCGCAGAGUACGACCCUGCCUCACACAGGAAGCGGCGCAGGUCCUAAUCCAGGCACUUGUCAUCUCCCGUCUGGAUUACUGCAACUCGCUGUUGGCUGGGCUCCCUGCCUGUGCCAUUAAACCCCUACAACUCAUCCAGAACGCCGCAGCCCGUCUGGUGUUCAACCUUCCCAAGUUCUCUCACGUCACCCCGCUCCUCCGCUCUCUCCACUGGCUUCCAGUUGAAGCUCGCAUCCGCUACAAGACCAUGGUGCUUGCCUACGGAGCUGUGAGGGGAACGGCACCUCAGUACCUUCAGGCUCUGAUCAGGCCCUACACCCAAACAAGGGCACUGCGUUCAUCCACCUCUGGCCUGCUCGCCUCCCUACCACUGAGGAAGUACAGUUCCCGCUCAGCCCAGUCAAAACUGUUCGCUGCUCUGGCACCCCAAUGGUGGAACAAACUCCCUCAUGACGCCAGGACAGCGGAGUCAAUCACCACCUUCCGGAGACACCUGAAACCCCACCUCUUCAAGGAAUACCUAGGAUAGGAUAAAGCAAUCCUUCUG